AUGUCCCCCAUAAAUAUGUCCCGGGGCACGGGGGCCAGCACCCCGCAAUCCGAAUCCUUCACUCAAAUGGCCGACUCCGACCUCGAAUCAAUCGGCCGCCACUGCCAAUUUGAAUACUGCGGCCAACUCGACUUCCUCCCCUUCCGCUGCGAAUCCUGCAAAAGCACCUUCUGCCUCGACCACCGCAGCGAAACAGCGCACAAAUGCACCCAUGCCGGCGAAUGGGCCCGCCGACGAACCGGCAUAACGCAAGAGAACCGAACCGCGCCCGAAAAACCAAACAUCUACAACUCAGACCAGUGCGCGCAUGUCCUCUGCAAAACUCUCAUCAACACUCUCAAAGACCCCGGCGUGCGCUGCCCCAACUGUAACCGCCAGUACUGCCUCAAGCACCGCCUGCGCGAGGAACACGAUUGCGCCAAGCUUACCCCGCUAGGCGCGCGGCCAGGCAACGGCGUUUCUCCCAAUGAGACGAUUAAGUCGAUGUUUGGCAAGUUGCGCGGCUGGGGGAAGGAGAAACAGACUGCGACGGCGAAUUUGAUUCCGAAGACCAAGCCCAAGCCGAAUAGUCCUGCUGCGCGCGCGGCUAGUGUAACGGCUAUGAAGCGCUCGGCGAAGGGAGAGAAUAAUGUCCCUGCGGAUCGGCGGGUGUAUUUGCAUACUGUUGGGACGGCGGAUACGCAGGCUGCGGAGCCGCCGGCGGGGGAUUUCUUUUUCGACUCAAGGUGGAAGGUUGGUCGGGUGCUAGAUGAUGUGGCGCGCAGGUUGGCUGUGGAGAAUUUGAAUAAUCGGGCUGGGGGUGAAGAGGCGCGAUUACGCAUUUUUCACGUUGAGUCGGGUGAUUUCUUGGAGUUUUCGGAGAGUAUUGGGGGUGGAAAGGUGAAAUCGGGCGAUACGAUUGUAUUGCUUCGUGGGGCGGGGGUGGUUUUGGAGAAGUCAUGA